AAAGGGUGUGCUUAAACGACACACGGAGAGAGAGGGUAAAAAGAGAAGAACCAAAACAGGCACACAAGGCAAUUAGUACAGUCUGUGCAUUACCCAUGAUGCUCUUCUCCAACUGAGCAUUUUUGUGCCAUAAUCCACGGUUGCCAUCACCUUCAGCCUACAGUCUGUUUUCUUUCCUGAAGUCAACAAACAACCAACAAUGUGGGAGCAUUCAGAGGUCAAAGACAAUUUGGAAAUUCCUGUUUUUAUUUCCAAUUGCAACGUCCAUCAUGUUCUUUGCACCUCCAUCCGUUCGAUUCUUAAUUGGACUCAUUCCAAUGGACAAAUGCACUUUGGAAAGUGUAGAGAUGCUGACCUCAGGUAACAGUGCAGACUCAAGCCUCGACCUGUGGUCUCGAAAUGAUGUGCAAACAUGCACUUCCUGGAACGCUCCCAUCAUCUGGGAGGGAAUGUUUAAUCCCAGUCAUUACGACCAGAUACACAGAAACAAAGGAUCUUCUGUCGCCUUGACUGUUUUUGCAGUCGGCAGGUACCUGGAUGCCUACCUGGAGGCUUUCCUGAACUCAUCAGAGCAACACUUCAUGUCGAGUUUGCCCGUGACAUACUACGUGUUUACGGACUCGCCUGAGUUAGUGCCGAACAUCAAUCUCGCCCCCAAUCGGCACCUGAAAGUAAUCGAAGUGGAGAGACACACGCGGUGGCAGGACAUCUCCAUGAUGAGGAUGAAGGCGAUAUCAGACGUCAUCGAGUCGGAUAUCCGCCACCACGCCACGCACGUCUUCUGCUUCGAUGUCGAUCAGGUGUUCACCGGCAGAUUUGGCCCCGAAGCUCUGGGAGACUCGGUGGCUCUGCUUCACGCCCACUACUAUCACCUCCCAAGGAUGCUGUUCACCUACGACCGCAACCCGAAAUCCAAGGCGUUCAUGAAAACUGGGGAUUUCUACUACCACGCUGCCGUCUUUGGAGGCUCCUGGAAGAGCAUGAAGGCGCUGACGGAGGCCUGCUACCGCAGCAUCAUAGCGGAUAAGGAGAACGAAGUGGAGGCCUUGUGGCACGACGAGAGUCAUUUGAACAGGUACUUUUGGCUUCACAAGCCCAGCAGGGUUCUCUCUCCAGAGUACUGCUGGGACACCAGCAUCGGCUACAGGAGCGACAUACAGGUGUACCGGCUGCUGUGGGCAUCCAAAGACUACUAUAACCUGAGGACGUCAUAGAUUAAAGCUCUACUUUAUUUUGCA